CUGAAGCUUCAAGGUUGUCACGUUUGUGGUGUGUCGGCAAGGCUGGAGACCAACACCAAAACCCGCACACUCCACAGAUUCAACGCUGGAUUGGUACCAGCCGGCGACGAUGUCCCGGUUACUCAGAUGCCGGAUCUGUCUUGUACAGUUGACGACAUGCUUUGCGCCGACAGCCCUCCUGCCGACACAAACUCCGAAGACCCGCAAUGUGAUAAUAUCAGUGCAUAUGUAAUUACCGAGCACACGGUGCUUUCCGAGACUAUAUGGCGGAACGGGGCGAAUCGCUUGUUCCAGCUUCUCCAAAACGCGGAAGAGCCUGUCCAGUUCAAGAACAGGGACUUUUUCAAGGUCGGUAAUGAGGCGGGGCACAAGGCCUUGUCUACACUCGCCGACAAGAUAUUCCCUGCCAUGUCGCUCUGCGUUCUCGAUAAUGAGUUCAUCACAGUGCGCUUCAGUCAGCAGACAUACAGCAGGACGUGGUUGAAAAAGCUGAUCAUGCAAGCCCAUGUCGCGUCCAAUACGAAUGAUGGCAGCAAGCCGUUGAACCUGGACGCAUAUGAGCUCAUAACUCAGACUGGUGCUGGAAAUCACUGGCAAGCGUCGGUCCUGUGCGCAUUGGUGAACCGAGUGGCCAAGAUUAAAAUCAUGUUACCAUACCUUGCUGAGAAUGCCAAUCUGGCCGCGAAGGGAGGCGAGUCGGUACUAGAGAACAGUCGCGACGCUAGAGAUGUCAGUUCGGGCAUGAUCGAAGAGGAGGAGGAGUGUGAAGAGGUCCUCAGAAUGAUUGCGGCCGAGACAAGAGACGGUCUCACAUCGUUCCAAAGCGCCCAGGUCGCAUCAUACUGCGUCAACCAAAGCAAAGUUCGUUCUGGACUGGAUAUUUUGAUGAGGCCCAUCAUCAUGCCGUUACGGUAUCUGGAUAGGUCUGGGCUUGGCCAUGCAACAUAUGAGAUUUCUGGACUCAUUUGUGAGACGGGUUUCCAGGGCUUCAAGACGCUUCUGUAUCAAAAUCGUGAAUUUGAGUACUCGGCAACCUCAAAUCUGGACAACCUCAAGGCGGCGGAUCCAGCGUCCCGGAUGCUAAACCAGACCAUCAGGCAGAUGAAGAGUCUCCAUCAAGGGGGCGACCCAUCCGAUCUAGUCGGAGGUCGUGAUGUCAGGACCUUCAUCGAGUGGACAUACAGUGGCGCAACCACAGGCCAUAUCGGUGAUGCCCCCGCACGCAACGACAAGAAGCUCGAAUGGUUGGACUUGGACUUCAGGGACAUCGUGGUCCUCAGCAAGGAGGAUCAUGAUCCCGUUUGUGAGCGCGAGGACUCGGACUUUGCCGCCUUCUUCCGAAUAUACACGGACACUUUCGAUGACGAAGUCGGUUAUCAAAGUACAUUGCGCCUCAAAACGGCCCUUGACAAUGGCUACUUUGAGCGCUGCCGCCUAAUCGACCCCGAAGCUAGAAACAAUAGCUGCAGCGAGCAUAUUUUUGACUUGAGAGCAAAGAUAAUGGAGCAUGAAUGGGUCAUGUACGAGAUCUCGGUAGCCGUACGUUGCCCACGCUAUGUCUUGUCGGUAAUGGCUUUUGUGGUAAUGCUCGGUGCUGGAGGUCUCGUGAUCGGAUUCACCAUCGCCUACCACAUCGAGGCGGUUGAUCCGUCCCAAAUUGCUUCAUACGCGUGGCUCUUUUCUGCAUUCAUCAUUUUGGUAUGCAAGAGCAUCCUCGUGCGAGAAUGGUCUUGUGCAGAUUUUCUGAGAUGUCGAGUGCGGUGCCGAUCCGUAUCGGAGCUUGAAGCGGUGACGGGUUUCCCAGGCCAGAUGAUAAUCGCGAAGCUACUGCACGAGGAGAGUAGUGGUGGGACCCUGUCGACACGCGGACCGUACAAUUCUGUUUUCCUUCACCAUCAGCACCUCGACCAUGUUGAUGAGCGGAUGACGCCUUUGAAGAUCAUCACGCCCAGGGGCUAUGCGCUGGUUUGCCUGGACUCGAUACACAAAACUAGACUCCAUGUGAUUGAACACCAGGCAGAUCCCAGAGAGCAGUAUCUCGUAUGUGAGGAUGUCAGUCGGAAGCAGAGGAGAGCUAGGGAAGGCGAUGGAGUUGCCGAAAAAUUAAAGAGUACAAAGUUGCAACUUUUCUUGUCCAGAGAUGUCAAGUUGAAGCGGGUGCUGGGUAUUUACGAUGCGGGGAAUAUGUUGUGUUUGUCUAGGGAUCAAAAAUAA